GCCGAGAGAUAGCGCGAGUUUUGGCCGUGAAGCUUGUCGUACAUCUGGCAACCCUGGUGGCUGUCAGUGGACGUGGAGGACCGGGUCCCGCAGAAGAGAUAACAGGCUACCAGACUACAGAUAUGUCAGUGUUCAGGCCACUCCUGUUUAAGAAUAAGGUGGCUUUGGUGACAGGAGGAGCUACAGGCAUAGGGAAAGCCAUCACAGAGGAGUUACUCAGUCUUGGAUGCAAAGUAGUAAUUGCAUCCAGGAAAGAAGAGAGGUUAAAAGCAACUGUUCAAGAGCUCUGUCCGAAUAGCAAUAGACUUCGAGGUAAAGUUUGCAAUAUCAGAAAGGAAGACCAAAUUAACACUCUGAUCUCUUCAACACUGAGUGAGCUUGGUAAGAUUGACUAUCUUGUAAACAAUGGCGGUGGUCAAUAUCUUUCUCCUGUGGCUGACAUAAGGCUCAAAGGUUGGGAUGCUGUAGUGGAAACCAACCUCACAGGAACUUUUUUGAUGUGUAAAGAAGUUUAUGGCCAGUGGAUGAGAGAAAAUGGUGGUGUGAUUGUCAACAUCAUUCUUGACACUUCCCGGGGUAUUCCAAUGAUGGCUCACUCAGCAGCAGCUCGUGCAGGUGUUGACAAUUUAACUAAGUCUCUUGCAGUGGAGUGGGCUGCAAAUGGAGUGCGUUUAAAUACAGUGGCCCCAGGAGGCUUCAUUUACUCUCCAACAGCAGCUGCAAACUAUGGUGGGAGAGAUGUCUUUGAAAAGGCACGUGUAGGCAUUCCAGCAAAAAGACUUGGAACAACACAGGAGAUCACGAUAAGUUACCUGCAUAUUCUUGGAUGUACAAAUCUCCAGAGAAAGAUGAAGACUGACUUUCUACCAAAGGCCAAGUUGUAAUACCAAGAAUUUUGACUGCUGUUGGUUGUACGAUGUCCUGGUACUUUUCAUUGCUCAAUAGAAUAUGUUCUCAUGUAAAUAUGAUUAGGAUAAUCAUUAGCCUCUUUAUCCUUUAAAGAGAACAAGAUAAAUCCAUUAUCAGGUGCUUGUGAAUCAAGAAGAUAUUUAAAAAAUAUUGUGAUGCUGUAA